AUAGUUAACCUGAGAUCGCUUGCUUCCUUCAUCAUGAAAGAUGCGGAGUUCGCACACGGCUUGGAACAAUUCGCUAUUUGUCUGCACGACCAUUUGUGCCGGUCAAAUCCUGGCCUAAACAUCAUCUACUCCCCAUUGUCCAUUCAGAUCUCUGCGGCCAUGCUGCGGAUGGGAACGACGGAGGGAUCGGCCACAGCUAAGGAGAUGAACGAGGGGCUCCGAUUCGGCGGGCUUGUUGCUCAGGAAGUUGCUGAAAGCUUUGGUGUCGUUCUCAAGUCCUAUGAACAGUGCCAGGUUCUUAAAAUGGCCAAUGGCCUCUAUGUUAUGAAGGGUCUCCAAGUUGAUGAGCAGUUUGGCCACAUUUUAGAGCAGAAGUUUCGCUCCAAGCCAAUGGAGAUUGACUUUGGCAGCGAGCAGGCUGCCAGCAUAGUCAACAAAUGGGUAGAGUCACAGACCAACAACCUGAUCAAGGACAUAAUCGGUCCAAGACUUCUAACCAAGGACUCGCGGCUGUGCCUAGUAAACGGUAUUCACUUCAAGGGAGAGUGGUCAAUCAGAUUCAAUGCAAGAGACACCCAGGAAGAAGAUUUCUUCGGAUCGGAUAAACCUAGUAGAGUGAGAAUGAUGCACGUGUGCGAGAAGUUCUUUUUUGCCGAACUUCCCAAGUUCGAAGCCACUGCCCUCAGAAUGAAUUAUAGUGCCUGUAAUUUGGCCAUGAUCAUUUUACUUCCGGAUGAGAAGUCGGAUCUCACGAGCCUCGAAAAGAAACUCAGUGAUAUUUCCCUAGAGGCAUUGUCAUCGGCAAUGAAUCUGGAAAAAGUUGAUGUGAAGAUUCCUAGCUUUACAGCCGAGUUCCAGCAAGAACUGUCCCAGGUCUUCAUGUCGGUUAGCUGAAAUGGAUUUGUUAUUGAAUUUUGAUUAUACGUAUAUACGCAACCU